UGAUUUCAUUUACGUCCAUGAAGACAAAUACUACUAACACAUACUAAGCAAAACACCACCUUCUCUCGUUUCUACCACUACGAGCUUUUGCUACAUAGAUUUUAUAUAUAUAUAUAUACAUAGUUAGAUCCUCCUUUUAAUCUCUUACCGACCACUCUCUGUUUCCAUUUCUGCUUCUCUCUCUCUCUCUCUCUCUCUGAGAAAACUCUGUUUUAUACAACAUAGAAGGCUUUUUCUUUUCUGGGCUUCACUCUUCUUCUGCAACUUCAGGCUCUUUCUUCCAAGCCUGCUUUUGGUCGUGGAGGAAAAGGUUUCGUAUUUGUUCUUGAAAACGAAAACAGUGGUGGAUUCUGGCAUUUGCGAAGACUGGGUUUUGGCUGGUUGACUCGGACCCCAACCUGCCCGAGUCUGAGUUAUGAGGUUGGGAUCGUGAAGUUGGAUACUUGUUUUCAUUUUCUUGAGAGUUUCUGAAAUGGGCGUCUCAGAGACUGCUUCGUUGCUGAAGAAAACGCUCAAGAGUCUCUGUUGCAGUUAUGGGUGGUCUUAUGGGGUUUUCUGGCGCUUUGUUCAGCGCGAUUCCUUAUUGUUGACUUUUGAAGAUGCCUAUUAUGAUGAGGAAGUUGGGGCAGUGAUUGACAUGCUACCACAGGUCCACAUGAUGGGUGAAGGAGUAAUUGGCCAAGCUGCUUUCACUGGGAAGCAUAGAUGGCUGUUCUCAGAUUCACAUGAUUCGAUCAGUUCUUUUGAAAGCCAAGAUAUAUUCCAGGAUGAUUCCGAUUUUGGUCGUCAAUUUUCCUCUGGAAUUAAGACAAUUGCAGUGAUCUCUGUGGCACAAGGAGUGGUACAGUUUGGAUCCACCCAGAAGAUAUUAGAGAGGUUGGAAUUUUUGGAUCAAACAAAAAGAUUGUUUUGGGAGAUGGAAAAUGCUGAUGGUCUUAUCCCAUCGGAAAAUGCAUUCGCCUCGUUGAACAAUGAAACUUAUGAUCCAAAUGGGUUAUUUUCUUCCUUAAUUUCAUCUGGAAAUUCACAUAAUGGGGACCUUAAUGCCCUGCAAGGUGACAGCUUUAAAGAGCUGAUGGGAGAAGCUUGUUUAGCAACAAAUCUGAAUCAGUCCUCCCAUUCCUUAUCUGCGAUUCAUGAUGAAAGUAUGGCUCCCGUGCUCAGAGAUUUGGCUCAUCCUAGCAACCAAUUGCAAACAGGUGGUACAGAAGCUCAAGUCUUGCUAUCUGAAAAGCUUAGUGCUCAGUUCCAUGAAGUUUUUUUACAGUCUACCUCUUCUGUUAGUACAAGGAGUAGUGAAGAUUCUAUCUUGACCUCAUUUGUUCCAGUGUUGGCAUCUGAAACAAGGGUUCAGGACUCUCCGAAUGUGCUUAAUUCAAAAGCAAAUUCUCUUGAAUCUUGCAGAAACAAAGCAAGCAAUGUUCAAGAGUCAAGAUUCACUUCAGCAUACAGCGGAGGAGGAUUGAUUGAUGUAGGGGAAACAAUUCAAGAGGGGUCCAGAAAUCCAAUGGACAGCCAGCACUUCUGUCCAUCAGUUCUUGAAACAGCAACUAGCACAUAUAGAUUCUCUGAGCAGUUUAAGCCAGCUGAUUUUACAAAGGAAAUCUUCGAAUUCUGUCCGGUAGAUGAUCUGUCACAGUGGUUUUCUCCUUCACCAGAACAUAGCAUCAGUGGAAUGGCGACUGCAUUGAGUAAUGGCCUUUCACAAUCAAUAGGAGUUUCUUCAGCAUCAUCUUGUCUGAUUGGAGAUGAGGUUUUUAAUGAUUUUCCAAUAAAAAAUCUAGGUAAUUCUGUGCAAAGUUCUGUCUCUAAUACAUUCAACUCUGAUGGACAAGUGAAUCCUGGGAUUAUACAUGGUGCGGAAAAUGAUCUGUUUGAUGGUUUGGGAGUGGAUUUCGGUCAUAGUCAAUCUGGGGAGUGUUGGGAAGAUCUCAUAAUGCCCGUAGUGAGUACUGCCCCUGAUACUGGUAUGUCAGAGUGCAUCUCAGAGUUGGAUGUUGGUUCUGUGGCUGGUGGCCCCAGGAAGGGGUUAUUCUCAGAAUUAGGCCUCCAAGAACUUCUGGAUGGCAUAAGUAAUUCUAAUACUUUUACCAAAUCUAGUUUUGAGGAUCAAUUAUCCACCACCAAAAGAGUCAGAGUGGAUCUUUCAUCUGUGAAUAGUAAUCAAUUACAGUUGGCAAGUCUUGCUUGCUCUAGUAGCAGCAUGAACAUCAUGCGACCCUUAUACAACCUGGAGAGGAAAACCAAUACACCCAAGAAAGAGGUUCUCCCAAAAUCACAGGUAGGUUUAUGGAUUGAUGAUAGCUACAGCAUCAAUGAGGGAAAUGCUGGUCUAGCACGACCUCAGAAGCCUGAGGAACCUGCAAAGGCCACCAGAAAAAGGGCUAGGCCUGGGGAGAGUACUCGACCAAGGCCCAAAGACCGGCAGCAGAUCCAAGACCGUAUCAAAGAGUUGAGAGGGAUCAUCCCUCAUGGUGGAAAGUGUAGCAUUGAUUCUCUGUUGGAUCGAACCAUCAAAUACAUGCUUUUCUUGCAAAGCGUGACAAAAUAUGCUGACGAGCUUAAACAAUCUGAUGAGCCAAAGCUAAUAGGCCGGGAGACUGGAGUAGUUCUGAAAGACAACAGCAUGAAUGGUGGGAGUGGUGGUACUACGUGGGCGUUUGAAGUUGGUAGUCAAACAAUGGUUUGCCCAAUUAUAGUUGAGGACCUUAAUCCGCCUGGCCAAAUGCUUAUAGAGAUGCUUUGUGAGGAACGGGGAUUUUUCCUUGAGAUAGCUGAUGUAAUCCGGGGCUUCCAGUUGAAUAUCUUGAAAGGAGUAAUGGAAGCUAGGGAUGAUAAAAUUUGGGCACGCUUUAUUGUUGAGGCAAGCAGUCAUGUAACGAGGAUAGAUAUAUUUUUGUCCCUUGUCCAGCUUCUAAAGCAAACCACUACUGGGAAUGAUACAACAAAUCAACCUAGUAAUAAUAUUGAUGGUGUUGGGAUUAAUCUAAUGGACUGUUACCAAAAACCAACCUUGCCACGUCCUAUAAGCUUGGCUGAGACACUUGGGUGCUGAUCAUUGAGCGCAUACAUGGAGUUUCAGAAGUGCCUGCCAUGAUGGGUGUUCUGUACAUUAAAGAGCAGCCACACCUGAAGAAGGAAAAGGUGUUGUUGGUCCAUCCCAUUUCCACCAUCUUUGAAAUGGGGAGAAUGUGAUGUGCAUAGGGUGGAUAGAGUAGGUAGGAUAUAUACUCGAUGAAAAAAAUUGCAGGCGUUCUUUUUGCCCUUUCCCAAUGAGAGAGCUGUGGAAGAAGAAGCAAAACCAUGUCAUAUAAUGUGCUGGGCUUUAGGUUGGGUUUUCCAUACGGAGGAACUGAGGGGGUGAAUGUGAUGCACUAUUUUUGUCUUUUGCUUUGGAUUGUUCCUACUGCCAUAACUUGUUUAUAGUGUGAAGCUGAUUAAUCAAUCUAAUGAUAGUCUAACUGCUGAUUUGUUUCUA